AUGGGCUACCUUCGCGCCGAAGAGACUUUGUCGCCGUAUGCCGACUUUUACGAGCGCAUGCAUGCCAUGAUGGACACGCGCGUGGAUCCGUGCGACGACUUUUACGCCUACGCGUGCGGCGGCUGGCUCCAAGCGACCGAUACAACAAGCGACGACGACAGCGCGUUUGGGCGUGUCACGACCUACGUCAACAGUGUUCUCGACGCGAUCAUUGCGGCGGCGCCACCCGGCAUCCACGAGUUUCAUUCAGCAUGCCUCGCCGAAGGCGACGUCAACGACGACGCUAUUGCUGCCAUCAAUGCUCAAAUUGAAGCGCUUGCAACCAUCGACACGGCCGACGCACUGCUGCGAUACGCGGGUGCGCUCGUCGCCUCGACGUCCAUCUCGGCCUUUCUGGAUGUGGGGCUCACACCCGACGCAGCCAACAGCUCCGUGUACGUCUUGGAACUCACGCAAACCGUCUUGACGCUGCCUUCCUUGGUGUCCUAUGCGACGUCCGAGAAGUAUAUGGAGCACCUCGUCGAGUACAUGGCGAGCUUUGCAGUCGUGCCCGCGCUUGCAGCGACCAACGUCACCGCCCUCGCGCUCGAUGUUCUUGCAUUUGAAGUGCGCUUGGCCAGUAUCUCGGUGCCAGCCGAAGUGCUGCGCGAUCCACGGUCGACGUACCAUCCCGUCACGAUGCGCGAGGUCCACGCCACGUACCCUUACAUUGCGGCUUUUCUUGACGGCUUGCACGCAGACGCCUUGGGCAAUGACGACGCCACCAUCGUCCUUGGCACGCCAACGUUUUUCGCUGCACAAACGCAGCUGCUGGCGUCCACGCACCUUGCGACGCUCAAAAACUACCUGCGCUUCCGUAUUGUGCAUGGCCAGAGAACUCUGCUUGGCGACGCGGCGCGGCGGGCGUACCGUCAAUGGGAGGUCGCGCUCUACGGCGUGCCACCCACCGAGUCGCGCUCGGACUUUUGCCAGCAAUUGCUGCAGGCGUACUUGGGGCCGCAGAUCGGAAAGUUCUUUCUCGAGCGUGUGUUGGAUGAGACGUCGGCAACAGAGGCGACAGACCUCGUCCACGAAGUCCAAGCCGCGCUAGUCACUGUCUUGGCCAACACGCCGUGGCUCGACGCAGCCACACGCGCCCGAGCGCUCGAGAAAGCAUCGGCCAUCGAAACGUUCGUCGGCGGCCCAACGGCAGACGAAGUGCCCGUGGCUUUGAACGCGACCAAUUUUUACGCCAACAUGAUGGCCUUCACGGCGCUCUACAAUGCGUAUGCGCUCGGGAGUAUCGGGACAUCCGUCGACGCGACGGCGUGGGGCAUGGGCGCCUUUACGGUCAACGCGUACAACGACCCAUUGGCGAAUGCCAUUUAUCUGCCUGCAGCAAUCCUCCAGCUACCCAUCUAUGGCGCAUCCAAGCUUCCGCCCGCCGUCAACUAUGCGCGGUUGGGCAUGAUCAUCGGCCACGAGCUCAUGCACGGCUUUGACGACCAAGGUCGCAACUACGAUGCGCGCGGGAACCUUGUCGACUGGUGGUCGUCGAGUGUCCAAGCCACGUUCGAGGCCCGUGCGCAGUGCUUGGUGGACGAGUACAAUGCGUUUCAAGUGUACGGCCGCGCGACAAACAAGUCGGUUCUGCUCGGAUCGGUCAACGGCAACCUCACGCUGGGCGAAAACAUUGCCGACAGCAGCGGCGUCAGGAUCGGACACGUGGCGUUUGCGACUGCCAGGCAAGUGAAUCCCUCCCGCUUUAGCACAGACGACAACGACGAUGACAAGGUGUACUUUACCGCGUUCGCCCAGCUCUGGUGCGAAACGGCGUCGGAUACUGCCAUGACGUGGCGUCUCGAGAACGACGUACACGCGCCCAGCGAGUGGCGCGUCCGCGGCCCACUGCGCAACUAUGAUGCAUUUGCCUCUGCGUUUCAGUGCCCCGUAGGAUCGCGCAUGAACCCCGCCACCAAAUGCGUCAUGUGGUAA